AUGCCCAUGAAGUCACAACAUAAAAAAAAUAAAAAAGGUACAUCUGAAACAGCGAAAGAAACAUUCAGUCCCUCAGGUAAUGAAAACAUUAUUAAUCAACAGCAAUUGCCAGUUAAUGAUAUGUCCAACACAGAAAUCAAUGAAAAUUGUAGUGUUAACGAUGAAAAUCCUGUAGAAAUUAAGCUAGAUGAAGCAACUAAACGUGACUUAGACUCGUUUAAUGCACUUAACCAAAAAAUGUUUAUUGCAAAAUACGCCUCAUUAGAAGAUUCUACUGCAUCAAUUAUUACAUUAGUAAAAAAUAUUCCCAGUAACAAAGCUGAUAAAUUAAUUCGUUAUAUUCUCAAAUUAACAAAUUUCGAUAUUUUUGAGAUUGAAAAGUUAACAUUAGAAAAAAAUAGAUCUUUUAGACAAAUUUCUACCCGCGUUAUUUAUGCUUAUAUUAUUUCUAAAUAUAAAGAAGGUAUAACUAAUAAUAUUAAUAUAUUAUUUAAAAAUACUUUUUUACGCCGAUAUAAAGAUGUUGAUCCUGUUAUUAGAGCAUAUUCUUACGAAUUUCUUAUUAAUUUUAUAAGCCUGGAUCAAAAGCUAUUUAAUAAACAUAAAGGAAUGCUUUUAUAUGCAAUAAAAGAUAAACAAGAUAUUGUAAGAAAGUCUAUUAUCUCUACAAUGAGAAGUAAAAAUAUUUUUAUAAAAAAUUUGCCUUUAAUAGAGUUGGCUAAAGGAGAUAAAAACAAGAAUAUUAGAUUAGAAAUUUGUAAAUUUAUUUUAGAACAAUUUUUAAAUGAUAAUUAUGACGAAGAUACAAUCUGUGACAUUUUAAAAUUCAAUGGCGGGUCUGAAAAGUUUACAAAUAAAGAAUUCCAACAGUUACUUUGUCGAUCAUUCAAAAAAAUGUCACAGAGUGAUGCAAUUGGAGCUAUACAUAAAUUUUAUACAAAUUGUAAAGAUUACCUUGAAAGCUUAGAAAUAGAAUAUUUUGAAUGUGACUGUACUAAGAACUGUUACCUUCAGAUUCUAGAAUUACAAAAAAAGUCGCUUAAAAUUAGUGAAUUAUUUGAAUUUUAUAAAAAUAAUCUUAAUGAUCUUGAUUCAAUUAUAGGAUUACUAAAUUUUUCUGAUAUUGAUAAUACAGAAAUUUUUAUAAAAUUUAUUGAUGAAAUAAUAAAAAAUAUAAGACACAACAAUGACAUGAAGCAAUUUGACAAAUUAUGCGAAUUUUUUAAAAAGUGCGAAUGUGAUUAUAAAUCUAUUAUUGAAAAUGCAAUUAAUACAGUUAUUAAUAUUCGGGAUUUUAGAAAUGUAAUUAUUAAAUAUUUUGAUAUUGAAGACUUUGUCAGAGAGACUGAUUACUUAGAAACACAAAUCUAUAAAAAUUUAUGGGAUAUUGUAAAUGAAGAAUACACCAAAUUAACGAAAUUAACUGAGAGGCAAUAUGAUAUUUUUUGUGCUAAAGAUUUGUGUAAUUUAAUUUUGUAUAUACAUAGCCAGAUCAAAGACUCUGCUAUAAAUAUAGAUGAUUUAAGUAGUGUAUGUUGUGAUAAGAAAACAGCUCUUAGAGUGUUGUAUUGUGAUUUAAUAAAAAUUAUAGAUUUAGAUAAUUCUGAAUUACUACCUUUUCUUUAUAAAUUUAAUGAAGAAGGAAUUUUAGAAGAGCAAAUGUAUUUGAUUUAUAAACAUAUUAAAGAUGUUAAAGAAUUUUCCAAUAUUUUUUCUGUCAGUAAAAAUAAGAUAAAUUACGUAGUGUCAUUUUUUAAAUUUUUAAAUGUUUUUGAUGGUAAAGAUUUUGUUGAUAUUUUAAGCAUAGCUAAGAUUAUUAAUUUAAAAUUUAAAGAUAAUGAAAAAAGAGUUAUAUUUAAAAAUAUAAAAAAUUUUAUAGAAUCAAGCACGAAUUAUAUUUGUUUAGAUAUAUUUAUUAAUAAACUUAAUAUAAAUGAAUGUAUUGUACUAGAAAGUAUUUGUAAAGAUAGUAAAUUUAAGGAUUUAUUAAAUAAAAGGAUAAACAAGACAAAAGGUCUUUAUACUACUAGUGAAGAAAAAGUUACUUAUUUAUAA